CUCGACGAUCACAUCAUCAUCAUCAUCAUCAGCAGCAGCAGCAGCAGCAUCGCAUCGGAUCAGAAGGAACCGAAGGAUCAGAUGCGGGUGAGAUCUCGUUCGGUGAGUCGUCGGUGGGAAUUAGUGUAGCGAACGAUCUCUCUGCGCAUAUCAGAGGAGUCGAAACAACUUCUCCGCGAGCCGAUCGGGAGACGCUGUGAGAGGAAUCAGAGCAUAGGGUAGGGUAGGGUAGGAAAAAGGAGCCUAGGGAAGAGGAUCCGUACAUAGCCCUAACGAGGGGGUGGUCGACGGUGGGUUCACGGUGGGUUGGCUGCCCCAAGAUGACCUCUCUCCCUCUACAGUUCUCUUCUGGCCCCCAGCUCGGACCGUUCAAGCAGAAUACGAUUGGUUCUUGCACCCUUCCAUCGUCGACUUUUCGCCUAUUGUACUCCGUACAGUACAGUACUGUACAGUACCGUACCGUACCGUACAGUACCUCCCCUCCUCUUUACUCUUUUCUUUUUGGCCGUAGCCGUAGCCAGCCGUAUUAUUUCCUUCUUCCUUCCUUCCUUCCUUCCUUUGACUUCCCUUUUCCCCACUCCACCUCCCCUUUCCCUUUCCCUUCCACUUCCCACUUCCACUUCCACUUCCCUCUCCAAUGUUGUGAAAAAGACAUCCGUGCGUGCCCAUCGUCACUACCCACGCCUCCGCCUCUCGAUUGUACUCUACUCUAUCGUACCGUACCGUACCGUACCGUACCCAUAUCGUCACACGCUCCCGAAUUGCUUGCCCCCAAAAGACCCAGUGCAAGCCUAGUACGCACUCUGAUUGCCCGUCUGGAGUUCAGCCCAGGCCCAUCCACUGAGUCCAGUCCAGUGCAGCUGCAGCUCCAGCUCCAGCUCGCCUGCAUCGACUUUCUUCUCGUUCAUCACACUUCUCUACUUCUCUACCUACUUCUCUCUCCCACGGCGAAAGCACCGACAUCUAUCUCCCCAGGUGAUAUACCGCUACGACCUUAGCCUACCAUUACGUCCCAUACCGAGCCAACCCUUCCCCUGCUCGCCCGCCCAAAUAGCUGGACCUCCCCUCUCACUGCCGCUGCUGCAUCUCUCUCCUCAAACUGCUGCUGCAUUGCUGUGCUGUGCUGCACUCCAACAACAAACAUUUCCCACAUCGGCCAUCCUUCCCUUCGACCCAUACAGCCCAACCCAAACUCCCCAACCUAGGAUAACCUCAGGUCUUU